AGUGACAAGGACAGACUCAUCAUCCUCAUCAUCUCACAGUUACUGUACGAGCUUUACGAACACUUUUCACUUACUGGAAACUUGUAUCAUUCUCAGCGAGGAUCACAACACUGAAAGUUUGUUGAACAUUUCUGGAUUUAUUUUGGAGUUGCGCAUCUGGAGGUUCAUGUUUGAGACGCUCGAGACUCUGUAAACUUCACCAAAACGCGUCACAAUGUGUCAAAAGAAUGUGUUGUGCUUUUUGAGUGUGUUUGGGUUCUGCGCUCUGGCGUUCGGGGCUCGUGAAUGCGCACCGUGCGCGCUCCGCUCGUGCCCGCCCCUGAGCGCGCUCGGGUGUGGUUCUGGCCGGGUUCUGGCCCGUGACCCGUGCGGGUGCUGUGACCAGUGCUCUCGGCUGGAGCUCGAGCUGUGUGGGGGACCGGACUGGACUCUGGGUUACUGCGGAUCUGGACUCACCUGUGCCGCGCGCAACAGAACCGGACCCGCGCUCGUACCUGAGACAGGUGUCUGCAGAGUGAUACCCGAUGCGAUGGACUCAGACAAGGAGGACGAGCGCUGCCCCCUGGUGGCCGGAUGUGAUCGCGUCGACGGACGGUGUGUGUGUGAGUCCAAACACUCCUGCAUCAGAACCUACAGCUAUCCCGACAGAGACGCCUGUGUGCAUGCUGGGAAAACAGGGUCUCGCCGGCACGAACACAGACACAGGUUUGUGGGCCCCGUGAACCCGGAGUGUGUGUUUUCUGGCUGCAAUCUGACGGUCGACGGGUGUGUGUGUGCGUCUCAGAGCUGCUACGAUCACUUCACGUACGUCAACCGCAGUCAGUGCCAGCGAGCGGCAGUUCCCCCGCGGUGUGUUCGUGACGGGCAGGAGUUUGCGGAGGGCGAGGUGUAUCGCAUGGACUCGUGCUGGAGGUGUCAGUGUCGAGGAGGAGUGUCCUUCUGUUCCCGGGCCGAGUGUGCCGAGCCGGACUGCCAGAACUUCUACGUUCCCGACGGAGAGUGUUGUCCCGUCUGUAUAGAUGUGGAGCUGCUGUCGGUGGAGAGCUCGAAGGCCAGCUGUUGGGUCAGUCACACACUGCGAGCGCACGAGGAACAGUGGAAGGAGGACGACUGCACGUUCUGCCAGUGUGUGGAUGGAGAACCGCACUGCACCGCGAUGGCCUGCAAACAGAGCUGCCAGAACCCGGUGAAGAUCCCUGGAGAGUGCUGUCCGUUCUGUGAGGAGCCGUCAUACGAGACGGUGAGUCCGUUGCUCUGCCCACCGCUGGAAAACUGCUCUCUCUCCGGGAACGAGUGUCCGUUCGGCUUCCAGCAAGAUCCCAGCGGGUGUUUGCUGUGCCAGUGUGUCAGCAAUGAAACCUGUCCGGAUGUGUCAUUGUACUGCUCUCUGGACUGUCCCCUGGGUUAUGAUAAAGACGUCUACGGUUGUGAAGUGUGUGAAUGUAGCGUGUCUGCACCAAAGUGCCGGCCCAUGAGCUGCAGCAAGACCUGCCCUUAUGGAUACGUGAGGAAUAAACACGGGUGUGAGAUGUGCCGGUGCGUCAGGUGUCCUCCGUUCACCUGCGAUAAACACUGUGUCGACGGAUACAAGAAGAGCAGAAAGGGCUGCAGCGUCUGUGUGUGCAAAGACACACACAGGAGUGUUCCCAGCACCGUCUCGCCCGUCACGAUCUCCUCCAGCUUCUGUGUGGCGGCCGGUGGCCGGCGCGUCGAGGAGGGAGACGUGUGGCACGACGGGUGCCGGGACUGUUUCUGCCACGCCGGCCGAGAGAUGUGUGUGUUGAUCUCCUGCCCGGUGCCCUCCUGUGCCCAUCCGGUGCUCCGACCCGAGCAGUGCUGCCCCGGCUGUGAGGACGAGUCGGGCAGCGGGCAGCCGGAGGGAAUGGAUAUGGUGGUGUGUCGCGCUCCGGGAGGAGAGCUGUACGUGGAAGGAGAGACGUGGAGUCUGGAUGAAUGUACGCGCUGCACAUGCCGACAGGGACGAGUGCUGUGCGACGCUGAAGUGUGUCCUCCGCUUCUCUGUCACGCUGCCGUCAAGAGCAAAGACACCUGCUGCUCCGUCUGCCCAGAGGACACACUGGAGCCGGUGCACAGCAGCGGUCAGGAGUGUGUGUCCAGCGGCGGAGAGGUCCUGCUGUCCGGAGACUCGUGGCGGAGCGACGCCUGCAGAAGCUGCACCUGCAGAGACGGAGCCGUCCAGUGCUUCUCCCAGACCUGUCCCUCUCUCUCCUGCAGAGUCCCUGUGCUGAGGAAGGGCCAGUGCUGCCCACAGUGCCUGGAGAUCUCCACGACGUCAGAGCCGGUUCUGGUGUCGAGCGCAGGGGCCGAAGCCGAGAGCCGGAGCCGGAGCCCAGGGACCAGCACAGCUCCUACACUCUUCACUGUCACAGACGCCGGUAAAGGACUCUCGAAGGAGUUCCCGAGCCAGACGGAGAUGACGCUCAUCUACCAAUCAGCGGCCUGGAUUCUGGCCGGGAUCCUCGUGGCCGUCGUGAUCUUCCUCAUCGUGGCCGUCCUGGUCAACAAGAGGAACCGCUGGGUCCAGAUGUCCUGCUACAGCGCGCCCAAGAAGACGGUGAUCCUGAAGAAGCACGUGAACAAGAACUCGGUGGUUUACAUGGAGCCGUCGUCCAGAGAGAACAAGUUCCAGAGCUCGAGGAACGGGAGCUUCCCGUCGGAAGCGGAGCGGAUCACAAUCCCGCGCGCUAAACUCGCUAACGGACACGGAUGCUAACCGGAUCCUCCAAAGCGUCAGGAGCCUCGUUCUCCGGCGGAAGAACCAAGUAUUGUGAAACGCUCGACAUCUCAUGCUUUAACGUAUUUCUAUUGCGCGUCAACGAGGACGACAGUUUCAUGGACAUGGAGUCUCGUGCCGUUCUGUGUCGAUCCACGACGAAACCUUCUACCGGAGAUUAUUAGCAUUGUGCAAAUCCACACGGACCGUAGCUAUCCUGAGGCCUUACGGGACUGCCGUGUUUCCUGACCUCGGUUUAUUCAGUUCUAUUUGUGUUACUUGUAGUUUAUCGUUAGUCACUGUUAAGCCUCGUGUCGCGAUGGAGCGAGCGACGCGACACUAGACGUUCGUAGCAUGAACAACUGAACCGAACCCUCAUGACAAGCAUCGCAAUACAAAGAUAUCGCUCUGU